AUGUCUGAACAUCCAAGCUCCUCAGAUUCAUCGGACUUCUCUGAUGGAUGUCCGACAACCACCACAAUCAGCACGGUAGCCGUGCAGGCGGGCAGUGCUCGCAUCGUAUUGGCUGUGUUACGAUGCGGAAAUUGGAUUCGGGUACGAAUUCAACGUAUGGAACCGGAUCUGUAUGAUAUUGGCAGUAAUGCCGAGGAAGCCCGUGCCCUUCAUCAAGUACACAAUCAUUUGUGCGAGAAGUUGGCGGCUAAACAAGACCAAAUCUCACAACUGCUGUCCCGUGCGGAUGAUCUAGUCACGCAACAGACCUCCGAGAGUCAAACCCAGGUGUACGCUGCAAUGGCCGAGUCGCUUAAUCGAGCCUGGCGUGACCUACUUGGUGUUCUCACUCAACGGGGUCAUCUGCUCGAGCUGGCCGUGGAAUGUUUUACGGCCGCAGAACAUGUCGUGUCUGAAGCGAAUCGUUGCGAACAUUUGUGUAACACAGGUGGCUGGGGUCAUGAUGUCGAUUCAGUCAAACGCUUGAUUGAGGAACACGAAGCUUUGAAACGGACCAGUUUACUGGAACCGUCCCAUCGAAUGCUAAACGCGGCCAACAGUUUGCUAGAACUAUUGGCCCGAUUGUCCAAUCAGACUGCACCAUCCGCGGCUCCGUUGUCAACAGCUACGGGAGCUAGUCGAGCCAGUGUGGAGGCCCGUGAACGUGUAGCUUCGAUCACAGCAAAAGGAGGUGCUGCUCGACGACAUGCUGAGUCUGUAUGGAAUCGUCGAGAUCGUUUGCUGCAUCUGCGCCUAGCGAUCGUAUCCAUGGAAUCAGAACUUGAACGAAUUGUGGACUGGUUUAUCAAAGUGGGAGAACCCCGACUGUAUGAGGCGCAAAUUGGCACAUCUUUGUCCGAAUGUCAGUCUCAACUAGACAGUCUAAUGAAUUUGGCCGAGGAAGUCCGAGACAUGCAAAGUAUGCAUACUCGUCUGAUGCGUCAUUUGCAACAAACGUCCACCGCGGACCAGUGGCGUGGCACACGACCAAAAACUGUUUUCGAAACUCUAGACGCGGCACAACAAGAGUUGGAGACCGAGUUGUCCCGUAGCUACAGUCAUUAUGGUCCGAUGGAAAUCGAUGGAAUGGGUGAAGAUUCACGAGCGACCAAUGAGGAGACGUGGCGUGAGACUCACGGUGCGUAUUCACAACUGGCAAACCGUAUGCGUACCACGGAAGCCUACAUUUGGGAGUUCUUGGAUCGUUUGGAACUCAGACGUCGAUUGUUGCACACCGGUGUUAUAUAUUACAGCGAAGCUAAUGUGAUGCUGACACAAAUCUAUCAGCUAGAAUCGGAAAUGAAGCAGAAACAUGAACGACCAACUGCAGGUCUGGAAGAUUCUUACUUUGAUCGACUGAACAAUUUGGAAGUCCGGGUACCCGGUUUGCGGCAGACUUUGGCUGAGUUAAGAUCAGGUCAUGAAGAAGAUAUCUAUCCCAAAUCCACAUUCCGUUCACAACUCGGUGUCACGGUGACCGGACCCCCGCCGGUACCUGACCACGAGGCUACGUCCAGAUCGAUGACAGCAGCAAUUGGCAAAAUGAAGGAAAUUGAAGAUGGAAUUGCCCGAUGUCGAUCGCUUUUCUCCACUUAUCAGGAAAGAAGCAUCAAAGCCCAACGCCGUCAAGAAGUUGAAACACGUAUAGAAAUGCUUAUGUCCUGGCUUAACCAGCGGUUUGAACGAUCGUUGGUUGAGCAUGCAAAUAUGGGCACAACAUAUGAACAAGUGGCGGACUUUGAAGAUUUCCACCGUCGUCUUGAUCGGGAAUUGGACACUCGUGAAUCGGAAUUGGAUGAAGUACGCGCCGCAAUCGGUCGUUUAUCACCAUCCUCAGAGAAAGCAUCACUUGAGCUUCAUCUGAGUGAUCUCAACUCCAGAUGGACAAGAUGCCGUCAGACAAUCCGACAACGCAUCCAACUGGCUGAUCAAUUCCUCAGUUUAAUUCGACGAAUUCGUGAAGAUGAUCAUCAACAGACAUUGGUUUUGGAGCGUAUGCAACAAUUGGACAGUUCGGAAACUAGUCUACUGGCUACGGGCACGCUUGAAGGAGCCGUGGGAAUUGAAGGUCCGGACCGGUUACGGUCUGAUGUGACACUAAUCAUCAGUCGUUUGGAGGAACAACAAUCCCAGCUGAGAGAUUUUGUUGAUCAAAUCACUCAGCGCAACGAUCGGGACUUGAAUACAGCAGAACCCAUACGAUAUUGUCAAUUGCAAAUCCAAAUGAACGCCAAACAUUUGGAUCAGCUUCGAGAAUGUUGGAUCAACUGCGAACGAUUCUGGGAGCAAUGGAAAAUGGCUCGUGAAUACUGGAUCACGUUUAACAACGGCGCACGUGAUCUGGAUGAAAUGAUGGCCACCUCGUUGUCUCGUAUGUCGCGAACCCCGAUGCCCACAAAACCGUUUGAAUGUGAGCGCGCAAUGCGUGAUCAUCAGUUGGAUCGGGAUCAAGUAGACCAGAUGAGCAAUAUGGUUCGAUCACAAGCCCAACAACUUGGUCAACUGGUCGGUGCCAGACCGGAUGAUCGAAUGGAAGACGGUCGAGGUUGGACAUUUGUUGAAGUGCCUCUCGGACCGGAAGCUGGACUUCCAGCCUCCGGUAUAGGAAGACGUGUGCGAAGUGAACUGACUAUGCAAUUGGCUGGACUGGCAACCCGUUGGUCUGCCUGGGAUAGAGCCUGGACCACCAGACGCAUCCAGUUGGAACGACGUGGUCUACAAGUUGGUCGUUUAGCCACAAUCGAGGUAAUGUCGUUAACAGCUCCACUGGAACAAGUCGAACGGGCUGAAAGGGAUUUGAGUCGUUUGGAAUCCACAAUACCGGUUCUUAAAAAUCGUGUACGAUCCACAGCCCCAGAUAUGCGUAUGCAAUUGCUCCAGGGUGAACCAGCCCCGACGGAGACGUGUGAACUUCCGAUUGAUGUGACCCAGCGUCACGAAGCUCUGAGCGCACGUUUCGAUCAUUUGGCAGAUGCGACCUCCCGGUGUCGUGUUGAGGUCAAUCUGACACUGCGCCUGUUACGUGCAAUCCGCGUGGCCGAGAACGCCCUGUCUCAAAUCACAUUCAGUCUGUCUGGAGCCAGAGACCAGGUGGACCGACUACCCCAAGAAGAUGGUCAGUAUAUAUAUCGGGUACGAAGUGAACUCGAGGAACAUUUGAUUCGUGGUCAAGCACUGGCCGAUACGCACAUUCCAACGCUGGAACAAUUAGCGGUUCAGCAUCCUAAUCCCAUUGAAGCCAAACAGAAAAUUGAACCGAUCGUAUCCGGAUUCCGUGAUACGGUUGGCGAAUUGCAUCGUCUGACUGAAGAGGUUCGAGUCCGUUCGGAACAAUCGAUCUAUCUGGCCCGACCGCUCGGUGUUCCCGUGCCUGAGGAUCUGACCAGUCGACAGUAUAUCAGUCCACCAGUAAGCAGACGUCCGCCUGUAAUCACACGUCCGUUGAACAAUCUGUUCACCGAAGAAGGCUCUCCGAUUGUGUUGGAAACCGAAUUCGAUUCCGGUUUACCCCCAGAGGCCGACCCAUAUGAUCGAAGUCAACUGCAAACCAUAUGGCUUAAAGAUGGCUAUCCGGUAGUCACACCGGAUUACGAGGCUCAAAUAGCACCGAACAAAGCAGCUUUGAGAAUCGGAGAGACAUUGAGCGAGGAUACUGCCCGAUUUACCUGCCGAGUGGUUACUCCGUACGGUCAGGCGGAGACAUCGUGUAAUCUGGUUGUCCAUGAGGCAAUCAGUCCUGUACCAAAACCCGUGGAUGAAUCAGCUAUUCAGCCAACCAGAAGGCCCAGAGCGAGACAACCUCUCAUUCCGCGUGGUGAACCUCCACGGUUUAUUCGUGAGCUGCCGUCAAGGACAGUUCGAGAGCCAGAAGAAUUUACUCUUGAAUGUCAAGCUGUUGGACACCCAACACCCACCUUAUCCUGGUUCCGAAAUGGUGAAUGUAUCGAUGGCCAUCCGGAGUACCUUACCAGUACUGUUGGUGGUUCGAGUCAUCUCAAGAGUGUUCUCCCGGUGGAAAUUGAAUGGUUCCACUCUGGUAUCCCUGUUCGUGGCGAGUUCGGGCGCCGUCGCAUCACCAUGGAAGGCUCGGAUACGAUUAGUCUGAACUUUCCACAGCAGAAGAAGGUGACUAUACAUGUGUUGUACGGAACGCGNNNNGCGGUCGGUGAAGCGUCAACCGCGUGCACAGUUCGUGUCACACCACGUGAAAGAGAUUCCCGAGCGUCACCGAUACCAUUCGACGAAUUGAUUGAUGCGUACCGAGCCAGGCCAUCGAGAGACAGACCGGUUGCUCCAAGACGUCGUUUGGACUUGUCCGCUGAUUUUGAUGAAGUGUUUGAACCAGCCAAGACACCGCGCUUGUCCGAUGAGCCUCGAGUUACUACAACUGUCGAACAGACAGUGGUUCCUACAGUUAUACGGCGAGACCGAGUACCAAGUUAUCCAGAACAGCCUCGGAUGAUGGACUUCCGAAGAGCCACUUCGGUUCCGAUACAUGAGUUUACUACCCUGCCAAGUAUCCGACUUCGUGCACCGAUCACGGCCCCACGACCCACAUCAUUGGUUGGACAACCGCCACAAUUUGUUCAACCGCUUCACAAUGCCGGCGCCACAGAAGGUCAGAAGAUCAAGCUGGAGUGCAGAGUAAUCGGUCAGCCACAUCCUCAGAUCCAGUGGCUUAAAAAUGGCGCACCGCUACCGCGGUCCAACGCGUACGAGACUCGGGAAGAUGGGCCGGUGAACAGCCUCAUCUUUUACGACCUGUUCUUGGAAGAUCAGGGUGAAUACACCUGCGUCGCGUACAACUCGUUCGGUCAAGCUCAGACCUCGUGCCGGAUGGACGUGGAACGUGGUGAAGAACCGAUGGAUGAACCGCCUCAGGUAGUUCAACCGUUGCCCUCACAACUGGCGGUGAGCGAGGGUCAUGAAGUACGACUGGAAUGUGUGUUCUCCGGCCGACCGACACCAACAGUUGUGUGGUUGAAGGACGGUGCUCAGCCUGUGUCUUCACCUGAAUUUCAACCGACACAAGAAGGCUCAGUGGCUCGUUUGUAUAUACCACAAAUGAGAGCAGACCGAGCCGGCGUCUACGAGGCUGUGGCAACCAAUCCGGUUGGCACGUGUCGUACCACACUCUUCUUGCAAUUGGUCCCUGCUCCAUACACUGCAAUGCCUUCACCUACCAUGCGUCCUCGUACUCCAGUCACCAUGGCUACCGGACCGGAAUUCACACGUAUUUUCAAGGAUAUAUACAUAGAAUCUGAAAGACUGGAAGAAGUGGUUUUGGAAUGCACGGUGAUCGGUGUUCCUCGUCCCAGCGUCUACUGGACGCAUAAUGGCCGACUGAUCACAGGUGAUGAUCCUCGUUUCACCCCGGUCCAAGGCCCCGGACCGGAUGAUCACUGUCUAAUUAUUCGUCACCCAGAUGCAUGGGCUGCUGAGUUCGGUGGAAAACGUGCCAAGACAGACAACCCAGCUUAUGAAAGCAAUGAGAACUGUUUUUAUCGUCCCGCAGCUCAGCUGGUAGACCGUUCUCUGUACAAAAUCGUAGGUGGCAUAGUGCGCAUAAAAGCAAUAGCUACCACAGAAGCGUUAAGCCUUUACCUUUGA